AUGUCUUCCGCUGAGGAAAUUUACAAUGGUACAGUUGUAGCAGACAAGUACCGAUCUCACAUGCAUGGGGAAGCAGAAAAGAACACCAAAUGGAGACAUGGUGGCCCUCCUAUCUAUAAUCUGGUUAACCAAGUCUUCGAACAAGGUCGAACAAAGGAAUGGCCGAAAGGAUCAUUAGAGGAAACGGUGCAGAAUGCUGUCAAAACAUGGGAGAUGGAGCUCUCUCACAAGACACAGUUGCAGGACUUCAAAACCAUCAACCCAGAGAAAUUCAAGUUAUUCGUCAAUGGGAGAGAAGGAAUAUCAGGGGAAGAAACUCUUAGACUUGGGAGCUACAACGCAUUGUUGAAGACCUCUCUUCUUGAGAAGUUUCAGUACUACAAGGCCAACGAAGAGAGCUUCGAGUCGUCUCACGACGUCUUCCAAACGGCUUUUCCUCGUGGGUUUGCUUGGGAGGUGCUGAGCGUUUACUCUGGACCACCUGUGAUAGCUUUCAAGUUCAGGCACUGGGGUUUCAUGGAAGGUUCUUUCAAAGAACAUGCUCCCACAGGGGAGAAGGUUGAAUUUUAUGGGAUGGGAGUUCUCAAGGUUGAUGAGUCUCUCAGAGCUGAAGAGGUUGAGAUUUAUUACGACCCGGGAGAACUGUUUGGAGGUCUAAUGAAGGGACCACUGGUCUCUGAAAAUGGGUUAGACCAGCGAGGUCCGAACCCUAAACCAUCAUGCUCGCUUUGCCCGGUUUGGAUCAUCCAGUUUGGUUCAUAUCCGUUCAACCCUACCUGA